AUGAAGAUGAUUGGGAUCCGCUCACAACAACCCCGGGGAUCUACCGACGAUGCCGAAAAUAGUGAAGCUAGUGACGAAAAUAAUCAGGUAUCAACCCCUGCUUCAAAAAAAAAGCAACAUCAAGCUAGGCCGACACAGAAGAAAAAAAAACGAGGUUCUAAAGCUACCGAAAGAAACGUCACAGUUGAAAAAACUCCGCCACCUACGCCAUCAGAACAUGUGGCAAAUGAAACGCCCCAUUCGGCGACAGAUGGUGAGAAAUUAAGUCCUGAAAAGGGGAGUACUUCCUGGAUGGUCGAAAAAAUCUAUGGUUUUGCUAGGCUUAAAAAUGUUUUUCGCACCUGCACAGAUCAACUUCAAGCGCACAUUGCGAGGUCUGAUAAAAAAUAUGAAGCAUUAGUUAAAGAAAUGAAGGUCAUGUCUAAUAUCAUGACGAAAGGAAUUGAAAAUCGAACAGUAAAAAAAGUUGAAACCCACAAGACGCGCGGUGGUACAACAUCGGUGAGUAUUGUCUUUGAUGCAUCUUUUUGGUGA